CUAGAUAUAGAUGAUCAAAUUUGGCAACUUAAUUUCUCUCAGACACUAAGCCUAUUUUUGUCAAUUAUUACCUUAUUCUCUAUUCUGAUUCAGAUUUGGGUCCCGUCAAAUCCUAAAGGAGCAGAGAGAUUACCUCCAGGGAUUGUUGCAUCUGGAGCAGACUUUUACCUCCGCAGAUUGUGGGGUGAACCUAGUGAGGAUUUGACCAGCAAACCAAAGUAUCUGGUAACCUUUACCGUUGGUUAUGAUCAAAGGAACAACAUAGAUGCAGCAGUGAAAAAGUUUUCAGAGAAUUUUACCAUCGUUUUGUUUCAUUAUGAUGGCCGAGCUUCUGAAUGGGAUGAGUUUGAGUGGUCAAAGCGGGCUAUUCAUGUGAGUGCCAAAAAACAGACAAAAUGGUGGUAUGCUAAAAGGUUUCUGCAUCCUGACAUUGUUGCUCCAUAUGACUUUAUAUUUAUUUGGGAUGAAGACCUUGGAGUUGAGAAUUUUGAUGCCGAAGAAUUCAUCAAACUUGUGAGGAAACAUGGGUUAGAAAUUUCUCAGCCUGGUUUGGAACCCAAUCGAGGAUUGACUUGGCAGAUGACAAAGAGAAGAGGUGAUCAUGAAGUUCACAAGCAAACAGAGGAGAAACCUGGCUGGUGCUCUGACCCUCGUUUGCCUCCCUGUUCAGCAUUUAUAGAAAUCAUGGCUCCUGUCUUUUCUAGAGAGGCAUGGCGUUGUGUAUGGCACAUGAUACAGAAUGACUUAGUUCACGGUUGGGGUCUUGACUUUGCCCUCCAAAAAUGUGUUGAGCCUGCUCAUGAGAAAAUUGGAGUUGUAGAUGCUCAAUGGAUUGUUCAUCAAAGUUUCCCUUCACUUGGGAACCAGGGACAAGCAGAGAAUGGAAAGGCUCCGUGGCAAGGGGUGCGUGAGAGGUGUAGACGAGAGUGGAAAAUGUUCCAGACUAGGAUGGCUGAUGCAGAAAAAUCUUAUUACAAGGCAAUGGGAAUUAAUCCUCCCAAUUUCAAAUUUCACCAUUAGAUAGUGCCAUUAAGCAUAGGGUCUAGCCUCUAGAUUUGAAUCUAAUUUUUGUUGCUGUAGAUAAAACAUUUUUUGAGUUAAUAGUUCCAAUGAUCACUGAACUUACAUAUCUUUGAUUGCUUACUGAAAUUUAAAAUGUCGAGUUUUGAAUC